AUGCCCACCAUGGCUGACAAAAUGGACAUGUCUCUGGAAGACAUCAUUAAGCUGAGCAAGAUCCAGCAACGACAUCACGGCAGACCUGACUCCCNGGUGAAUCGAGGCGCUGGGCCUAAGAGGUACCCGCUUGCCAUCACCCAUGGCGGCAGGAACAGGCUGGCACCAUACCGCAGACCAAAACAANUUCCAGACAAGUGGCAGCAUGACCUAUUNAUUGGCNGCUUCAAGGGUGGAAACCACAUGGAUACUGGUGGGAAGCUGCUCCUGUCAAACCUGCACUUCGGAGUGUCAGAUGCUGAUAUUCAGCAACUCUUUGCUGAAUUUGGAACCUUGAAAAAGUCUGCUGUGCACUAUGAUCGCUCUGGACGAAGUUUAGGGACAGCACANNUGCACUUUGAAAGNAAAGCAGAUGCCCUGAAGGCUAUGAGAGAGUACAAUGGCGUCCCUUUGGAUGGCCGCCCUAUGAACAUCCAGCUUGUCACCUCACAGAUUGAUACACAGCAGCAGCAGCAGCAGCUGUCUGCAGAGGAGUUGGACGCCCAGCUGGAUGCUUAUCAGGAAAGGAUGGACACCAGCUAA